UGUUAGUACAUGUUAGUACCCACUUUUUCUUUCAGAAUAUCAUGCAAUAUAUGAAGUGCUGUGAUUCGUAAUGGGAAAGUGUGGCUUAGAAUCUCCUGCAAUGGAAACGAAAGCUUUAGGUGAUGACAAGGUGGUACUCAAAGGGAUCGACAAUGUUGCCUUUGAGCGAACGGACACAGAUCAUGGCGAUACAUCCUCCAGUGGGUCAAGCCAUGGCGAGUUCGUUCAGGAUUCAGGUUCGGAGUUGAAAUUACCUGUUCGGUGUCCACUAGACGGUGAAAAAAAGUCAGAUGUGAGAAGAGGUUCCCUUCACCGCGUGCAGGCUGCAGGACAGGAAAGAAAGGUUAUAGGAGAUGAGAAUGAAGAAAGGCAGACAGUAAAGUAUACUUGGCAGGUAGUGGCUACUAUAGUAAUGUCCCUGAUCCACCUAAGCGUCGGGACAAUCUACGGGUAUCCUGGAGUGAUGCUUCCGGAGUUGACUGACCCAGACACGACCGACAUCUUUCUAAGCACAAAUGAGGCGGCGCUGUUUAGUAGCAUUUCCAGUCUAGGAGCAGCGUUUGGUGCGGUCCUAGGUGGGGUGUUCCUGGUAAGGUUAGGUCAGCGUACGACCUUGCUGAUCGGCGUCCCUCUCACCACCGCCGCCUGGCUGGGCCUCGCGUUCGCUGGCGUUCCUUGGCUGAUCCAGGCCAUGAGGUUCGUCCUUGGCAUCACCACUGGCUUCAUUGCGCCUGCAACCGGUAUAUACAUUCUGGAAAUCUCUCACAAGAAAUCCCGUGGCGUGUUCUAUGGUGUGCUGACGACGGUGCGGCAAAUGGGGUUCCUGUGCGUCUACGCCCUCGGGAGUUCAGACUUAGGAUGGCGGAAUGUGAGCCUCGUGUGCGCCGGGAUCACGCUCGUUCCGUUCCUAGCUUUGUUCUUCCUGCCGAAUGCGCCACGCUGGUUGGUGACCCAAGACCGCGUCGAGGAGGCCCAGAAAUCCCUCGCUUUCUUCAGGGGGAAAUACUACGACUCGACUUCCGAACUGAAGGCUAUCACUGACCAGGUGGGACAACAUGCUGAGCAGAAUAAGGCCUUCAUAACACAAGUGAAAAUGAUGAUGGAGCCCGCUACCCUGAAGACCCUCGCUCUACUCGUCGUUAUAUCGGUCCUUUCAACUCUGAGUGGAUAUAUCAUUGUCACAACAUAUACGGUAACUAUUCUGCAGUCCACUCAAGGAGAUCUGGAUGCGUAUAUUAGUACCAUAAUCAUUGGUGCUGUGAGGGUAGGAGGCACUCUUGUCCAUCUCGCCGUUAUAGACCAAGUGGGUAGGAAGCCUCUGUUAGUAGCCUCAUUUAGCCUGGGCACACUUUGUGUAGCCGGUCUCGGAGGCUAUUUCUACGUACAGAACACAACUGGAGAUGCGAGUUACUUGGGCUGGCUCCCCCUCACCUGCAUGGUUGUCCUCAUAUUUUGCAUGGGCAUCGGGCAACCCGUCGUGUCAAUCGUGCAAGGUGAACUGCUACCCACGACCGUCCGAGCAGCAGGCGUUUCCCUCAUAAUGAUCAUCAUGUUCCUGGCAGGCUUCGUUCUAAUACAGACAUACCCGCUCUUGUCGGGGGCUCUGGGUGAGCACGGAGCCUUCUGGUUGUACAGCGGGGCGGGUCUUGCUCUGGUUCUCGUGGGCGGGCUGAGACUCCCGGAGACUCGCGGGCGAUCGCUGGAGGAGAUCUCGGCAAGGCGGGUUCGGCGCGCGUCGCUCUCCCCGUCGCUUGCCUGAACACUCCAUUGGUAAAAUAUUGCAUGUGAUAAAUAGAACUUCAUAUAAGAGAAAAAUAAACCUUAUAAUGAGUGCAUAAUGUAUCACAAUAAAGAAGCACAAGCAUGGAUAU